AUGUCCGCGACGCCAAGCGCUAGCGGCGCGCCCUCGCCCCUACCCAUACCAACCGUCGAGAAACUGAGCGCCGCCGACCAGUUCCGAUCCGCAGUUUCUCAGCCUACCGUGGCUGCCUUUUGCGCUGGCGGUGUCGCCGGUGCCGUCUCCCGAACAGUAGUCUCACCUCUGGAGCGCCUAAAAAUCCUCUACCAGGUCCAGAGCAGCGGUCGCGAAGCGUACAAGCUUAGUGUGGGCAAGGCGUUGGCCAAGAUGUGGAGGGAGGAGGGCUGGAGGGGCUUCAUGGCCGGUAACGGCACCAAUUGUAUCCGUAUCGUGCCAUACUCGGCGGUACAGUUCGGAAGCUACAAUUUCUACAAGAGAAACAUCUUUGAGAGGCAUCCGGGCGACUCCCUCACGCCCUUGUCGAGGCUGACUUGUGGUGGCCUCGCCGGCAUCACCUCAGUGACCUUCACCUACCCUCUCGACAUCGUUCGCACGAGGUUGUCGAUCCAGACCGCGUCGUUUGCGGAGCUUGGCGAGAGGCCACGCAAAAUGCCCGGCAUGUGGGAAACUUUGGUCAAGAUGUACAGGACCGAGGGCGGAUUCCCGGCUCUCUACAGAGGCAUAGUUCCCACUGUCGCUGGUGUUGCUCCUUACGUCGGUCUCAAUUUCAUGGUUUACGAGCAUGUCCGCCAAUACCUAACCUUGGACGGCGAGCAAAACCCUAGUGCCGUCAGGAAGCUGCUCGCUGGUGCGAUUUCCGGUGCGGUGGCCCAGACCUGCACCUAUCCCUUCGAUGUUUUGCGCCGCCGUUUCCAAAUAAACACCAUGUCUGGUAUGGGCUACCAGUACAAGGGCAUAUUCGAUGCCGUGCGCGUCAUCGUCACCGAAGAAGGGAUCCGCGGCUUGUACAAGGGAAUAGUACCCAACUUGCUCAAGGUCGCGCCUAGCAUGGCGUCGAGCUGGCUCAGUUACGAGGUCUGCCGUGAUUUCCUUGUGGGACUGAAGCCUGAGGAGACCAAGCUCUUACAAUAG